GCCGCUCCCUUCCUCGUGCCGAGAUGGAGUUGGACUCGUACCAGCACUACUUCUACGAUCACGACGCCCAGGAGGAUUUCCACCGCUCCACGGCGCCCAGCGAGGACAUCUGGAAGAAGUUCGAGCUGGUCCCCACGCCCCCGUUGUCCCCGCUGGGCACCCCCGGAGAGAAGGGGUGCUUCUCGGGGGCGGAGGAGCGCCCGGGAUGGUUCUCCCGGUACUGCCUCGCCGGGGAAGAGCCGGAAUAUCUCAUAGGGACGGGGCAGAUCUUCGGGAACCUGAGCGCUUUCAUCCUCAAGGAUUGCAUGUGGAGCGGUUUUUCAGCGCGGGAGAGACUGGAGAAGGCGAUGACAGAGAAACUUUCCACGGGCACGCAGAGAGCCACCCCGCACAAACCGUCCUUCGCGCAGGAUUUUGGGUUCAGCAGCUCCGUCAGCGAGUGCGUGGAUCCCGCUGCCGUCUUCCUUUGCCCGCUGGCCGAGAGCAAGAUCCCCGCAUCCUCGGGAUCCGAGGGCCAGAGCGAUUCCGAAGGUGAAGAGAUCGACGUGGUGACGGUGGACAAGAGACAAUCGCUCGGCCUGAGGAAGCCGGUCACCAUCACGCUGCGUGCCGACCCCCUGGACCCCUGCAUGAAACGCUUCCACAUCUCCGUCCACCAGCAGCAGCACAACUACGCCGCCCGCUCGCCGCCGGACUCCUGUCCCCCUCCCGAGUCACCCCAGCAGGACCAGGAGGAGGAUGAGCCACCCAGCGCUGCGGAGCCAGCCCCUGCCGUGAGCCUGCCUGAGCCUGGCUUGCCAAAACCCAGCAGCAGCCCCGGCUCGGACAGCGAGGACGUGGCCAAGAGGAAAAACCACAACUACCUGGAGCGCAAGCGGCGCAACGACCUGCGCUCGCGCUUCCUGGCCCUGCGGGACCAGGUACCCGGGCUUGCCAGCUGCCCCAAGACCCCCAAAGUGGUGAUCCUGAGCAAAUCCUCAGAGUACCUGCAGUCCCUCAUCAGUGCUGAGAGGAGGAUGGCAGCCGAGAAGCGGCAGCUGCAGCUGCGCCAGACCCAGCUGCUCAAACGGAUUGCUCACCUUAAGGGGCACUAACAGCUGGUGUGCCCCCCACUCUGGUCCCCACAACCCCCCAGCUCCUUCUCAAUUUGCACAUUUUUUAAUUUUUUGGUUGCUUGUUGAACCGUUGGCCCCGGGGGCUGGAGCGCGUGGCAGUGGCUGCGGGAACGGGUCCAGAGCAGAGACCCAUCCCCAGCAUCACCUACCUGGGGUUGGCUUCCUGGCGCUGGCUGUUCCAAAAUUCCCCUUGUCCCUGCUGCGAAGCUUCCUCAGUGACUGCUCCAGGUCAAGAGCUCAAAUUUAUUCCCCCUCCCCAGCAGCCCCUGCACCCCUCUCUGCCAUUUGCCACUCACAGCAUUUCUGGGAGCUACGCCUGGGCAUCCACCUCACCCUAAAAAUCCCAAGCAACCACGUCUGCCUUGGCUCCUGGAAGCAGGCAGACACAGAGCCCAGCACGGGGCUGUCCUCUGGAGGGAUCCCACGGAGAUGGUGACGGCAGGAUGUGUCUCUCACUGGGAUGAACAGCACCCCGUGGGCAAUCCCCCUGCUCGGCUGGACCGUACCUCACUUCCUUGUCACUUCACGCAGUAGCUGGUCCUGGAUUUUAUCUUCUAGAAACUGCUGCUGUAACUGCGAGUCUUAUACUGUGUUUUUAUACUGUAUUUUUGUACCACUUUUUGAGAAGUAUUGGUAAAG